CCAGGAAGAUCUCACAAAUCUCUCCCCCACCCUCUUUGGAAUAGGAACAGCUCACGCAUUCUAGCUUUCCUUUGUUUAGAGAGAAGAGUACUAGGUUACAGUAGUUUAUAUAAUAAUAAAUCCACAAGCCUUAGAGUUAAGCAAAAGUCAGUGACCCUAGGGCAUUUGUUUACUAUGGAAAUAAAAGUGUCUUUUGUUGUUUAGAAUGGGGUUAAGUACGUAAGCAUCUGAUUUAACAGAGAGACAGAAGAAAGAAAAGUGUUUUAGUGGGGAAUCACUUGGUUCUUGCUGACGACUUAAAUGAAUCUUAAACUCUGUCUUCUUAAGCUGUUCCGUACGGUUUCUUUAGGGUAACACAUGGGCUUAAGAGGGCAAAUCUUGAAAGUUUAAUCUCAAAUUCAAAUUUCUGAAAAAAGCACCUUACUGUUGGCUAGAUUCAAAGGACAAGGUUUGAUGUUAACUUAAGCCAAUAUUUUCCAGAGUUAGAGAAAAGUUUUUGAUGUUGAAACAUUGGUAGUUUCUUCUUAUUUGUCACUAAACCUUAUUCUAUUUCAUUUAAUCAAAACCUUGGUCACUUUGAUUUGAUGUGUUUCGUUUAAUAAUUUCUGUUCGCAUUAAUUAAAAAAUAUUUUUUCUUUCAUUUUUAGGUCAUAAUAAGUGGGCGGAAAUUUGGGUUUGGCUUCCUUGCAUUCAAAUACAGUGUAAUAGAGAUUUUUUUUUAUCCUCUUUAAACUAUGGGAACUGUUGUGUAUCAACAAGGGUUUCAGUCUCAGCUUAAUGAGCCUAGGGCUUUAAGGCUUAGGCUAUCUUCACCAAAUCCUCACUUCUCUCAACCCUUUGGUCUAGCUCUCAAGUCUCAUUUACUUGACUCCUCUAAUGCAGAGGACACCCGUAUCCGUAACGAUGACAAAUCUGCUGCUUCCUCGGGCCCUGACUUGAGUGGCUGGAGCUUUCUCCAGUCCCUAUCCUCUGGCUCCUCCUCCUCAUCCACAAAGACGACAAGCUCUGAGAAAGAGAAGACUUAUGUUCAACGUCCGUCCUCUUGUAGAGCUCUAAGCGACCAGAGCUUAGCAUUGUGCACUGAGAAUCUCGGAAGCGAAUCUGGUUCUGAUGUUACAGACAUCGAUGAUUUGUUCUCGCUUGACGUGCAGACCAAGAAUCUCGGGGAAACAACAACGGAGACAAGAACGGUAAAAAGUAGGAAAAGGAAUUUGAGCCCUAGUGAUCUCCCACCUCCUUUGACUACGAUGAGAGGGUUUCAAUGCAUUCAAAUGAGACCACACCGUGAAGACGGAAGAUUGGUCAUGACCGCCACAAAGGCACCGCCUCGUAACGGGUGCUUUCAAGCUGACCGUAGCAAUGGUCGUCUCCGUCUUUCUAUCUUGAAAGACUCAGAUGAGUUUGUAGAGAACGAAGAAGAGACGAUUGAGCCUGAAGAACCCGAAGAAUACGAGGAGGAGGAGGAGGAAGAGGAAGAAGAGGAUGAUGAUGAAGUUAUGGGCAUUGAGAAUGUUCAGAUGUCAAGAAGAUGUGUUCAAGGCGACCGGGAAAACAGAGGAUUGCUAAAUUGGGAAUCUUUCUGCGUUGCUACUUCCUAAAAGAGAGAAACUUGUUAAUCUGCUCUGUAUUUACAAUUUCAUAAUUUUUUUUCCCGAUGUGUGUAAUAUUUUUUAAUAGAAAUAUCGCGUUUCCUAACUCGGGAAAAAAAACUCAAAAGUAGAUUCAAUUAACUUAAAAUAAAAAUGAUAAAAUAAUGGGAAGAAAUGGGGCAGAGGGAAUAUGCUUGUGGUCUGGUCGGCAGUUAAUCUAGUUUGGUAAGAAAGAUUCCCUGAUCAGUGGUUCGAAAUUAGUGGCAACCUCAACUUCGUUAGGACGAGAAGAUUCCUUUUAUUAUUAUGCCAAUUCAUCUUCCAGCAAAUUAUAUCGAAUUAAUUGCAUGUAUAUUAUAUGAUGAAUAAG